GAAAUAACAUGCAUAAAACAUGGCUGAAUCCUCAGAAUCGGAGGAAUGUCUGUUCACUGCAGGGCUUUGAUGGACUGGUUCAGCCCCAAGUUGCUUUUCUCGGACCUUCCGGACGCCAUGCUGUCACCGGAUUCCCGCGCGCGGUCCGUCGCGACGUCUGGGCGCUGGGCGAUCCGGCUCUCGCAGGGCACGGCCGCCACACUGCUGGGCCUGGCAGCAGGUCUCAACACCCGCCAAAGCUACUUGAGCUCUCUCCUGCAGCUGCUGGGCUUUGCCUGUGCAGUAAGUGCCUUCUUGGCGACGAGUCGCUUCGUCCGCCGAGAUUGGAAGAAAUGCUGCUUGAGCCUUGGACUUUUGGCGAAUGUUGGUGCAGUUCUCGCGCUCAUGGAUGAGCAUGUUGUGAUUGAAGUCAUCUAUGUGCUCGGCUUUCGGGAAGGCCUUUGGCAUUUGCUGGGCCUGGUGCUUUGUGCGCUGUGCAUUUCCGUGAACUUCUUGGGCCUGGCAGUGCUUCCCACCCAGGUGUGCACAGCACGUUCCUUGGACUUGGGUGCUGCUGCCUGGCUCGACCUUGAAGCACGAUCACCAGUACCGGUUUGCUGCAUCAGUUGGUCCAUUCGUUGGAGUCUGAAGCUCACCUUGUUGACAGCCCUGGGCAGCUCUCUCAUCGCUGGCUUCUACGCGGCGCUGCAUCCCAAAGUGGUUGGAGUGCUUCCGUACCCCGUGGGCAUGGCCUUGGCUCUACUACCCCCCAUCCUCACGGCCUUGGGUGCUGCUGCAGCCUGGACCAGGCGCUUGGAGCUCAUGAACUUGUCGGUGCGCGCGGCCUUGGCGCGGCGCACCUUUGGGGUCUCUCUCUUUGGCGCUGUGACGCUCCUGACGGCCUGGCUGGCACGAUUGAUGGAACUGCAGAGCAAUUGGACCAGCUGUGAGAAUCUUCUGGCAGAAUGUUCAGAAUUGGCCAACCGCGGUGACUGCGACGCUAGCAGUCAGUACUUUACUUACAUGAUGGAGCACUGCAAGAAGGCAUGCCGAGCCUGUGCCAUGCCUCACUGGGGCUUGGGCGGAGACUUCUUGUUGGUGCUGCAUACCUCAAUCCUGGUGCAGUCCUUACGCUUCGCUUUCUUGUUCUACCAAUCCACCGUGCAAUUGGUGAUUGCUGACAGCCAUUUGACUGAACCUGAGACGCCAUUUCAAGCCUUGGAGGAAGCGCACGCGCCCAAGGCGGGUCGCCCACGGCUGGAGACCGAGCUCGUCGAAGCGCCGCGCCGGCUCGAGGGCGCGGAACGGGAGCGCGGAAGGAACUCCCAGGACAACAGCAGGCUCCCUGACCCCAACGAAGCAGCGCGCGGCCUGCUGGCCGAACACCAGGAGGCCGAAGACACGGAGCCCUUGCCACGGGUGACGCUGCCGGAGGAGGCCUCCCCGGAGAAGUCCGAGACGCAGGACCGAAAAUCUGAGGAUGAUGAUGAUGCGAGCUUCUACGAAUGUGAGUCCUUGGCUGGCGACUAGUGACCAGGGAGGCUAAGAUGUGAUGCCUUGCGGCCUAGGGCCUUGUUCGCCGUCGCGUUUACAGAUUGGACCAGGAGGUGGCUGGCGGACCGCCCCUGGAUACCCCUGGAUUCAAUGCCAUCUCCAUGCCCAGCCCAACUACGCCGUGCUGCCACCUUCACCGGCAGCGAUCGCUUCGGUCCUGCGCUGUCGGCGGUUUCUUCACGCCGUCAGCCGACCUGUGGGAACCCCCCGAUGCUUCGUGGGCAGCGCGUUCUCAGCGGGCGGACGACUGCGGCGGCUUUGUCACGCCUACGGCGAUGGAGUGCUCGGCGAACGACCGCUCAGCGACACUGUGGUGGCGGACGAUCGGAAGGGGUUGGCGGGUUCAGCGAUGGAGUUCUCUCGAAGGAUCGCUGAGCGAAAGGGUUUGUUCAGCGGAUCUUCCGGAUGGAUCAAGAGUUU